AUGGCUCAUGCGAACUCUGACAAACUAAAUAAGGAGACAAUGAACGAAAUAGAACAUGGUCCGCCAGAGUAUGUAAAAUUAGUGUCAGCAGAUGGAUUCACAUUUAUCGUCGAAAAGAAUGCAGCAGUCAUAUCGCAGACUCUCAAAAACAUGUUAUCAAAUCCCGCCCAAUUGAUCGAGUCUGAACAGAAUGAGAUUUAUUUCAGGGGCAUAACAGCAAGAAUCCUUGAACACGUCUGUCGAUACAUGUAUUAUAAUGCUCGAUAUAAGGAUGCUUCUACGGAAAUUCCAGAAUUUGUUUUGGAACCUGAACUUGCUUAUGAAGUAUUCAUGGCUGCCGAUUUUCUCAAAGUUUAA